AUGGCAGUACCAGAAACCCACCGCGCACUCAUCCUCUCAUCCUUCGACGCCCCGCUCGAAGUGAAAACCACCGCACCUCCUGCCCUACUCCCAGGCAGUGCAAUCGUUCAGGUCCUCUCGUCACCGAUCCUCGCCUACGCCGCCAAACUCUACUCCGGCGCCUUACAAUACCCUUUGCACCUGCCUAUGACGAUCGGAGGCGGCGCCGUGGCUCGCAUCGUCGCCGUGGGCAGUGACGCGACAACGCUGUCACCAGGCCAACUCGUACUGAUUGACCCGAUGAUUCGCAGCCGUGAUGAUCCGGCGAAAAGCAUCUUGUUGGGUGUUCACGGUGGAAUCUCUGAAGGUGCGGCGCGCUUGAUGAAAGGCGAUUGGCGCGAUGGAUCGUGUGCGGAGUACGCACGCUGGCCCCUCGAGAAUGUCCACGCGCUGGACGAGGAGAAAUUAAAGGCGUUGGGCUACUCUGUGCACGAUGCCGCGUAUCUUCUGCGCCUGUUCGUGCCGAUGGGCGGACUGAUGGAGCUGGACGUGAAAGCUGGGGAUCGUAUCGUCAUUGCACCAGCGACGGGCCAAUUUGGCGGCGCCGCGGUGGAGGUUGCGCUAGCCAUGGGCGCCGACGUGAUCAUUUGCGGACGCAAGAAGGAUGUGCUGGAGAAAAUGAAAUCGACUCUGACACCCGUAUAUCCGCAGGCGAACAUCAACACCGUCCCUCUCUCUGGCGUCGUGGAGACUGAUAUGGCAACUCUUCAACAACUAGGCCCUAUCGACAAAUUCCUCGACUUCUCCCCCGCUGCGGCUGCCACUUCGACACAUAUCAUCAGCUGCCUAAUGGCGCUACGCAAGGGUGGUAGAGCGUGCUUUCAAGGCGGCAUUACGGGUCCCGUGCAGAUCCCUUAUCCCGUCGUCAUGUUCAACGAUCUCAAGAUCUGUGGGAAGUUCAUGUACGAGCGCGAAGGAGUCAGAAAAAUCAUUUCCCUGGUGGAAAGUGGGCGGUUGAAGUUCGAGAUACCGGAUAUGAGAGUAUUUGAACUAGAGAAGUGGGAAGACGGAUUUAAGGCUGCGGAAGAAAGGGGUGGGUGGAGAGAGCUGGUUGUUUUCCAACCCGGGAUGAAAUAG